AUGUCGACCUAUCAGCACUUGCUGAGCCCUGGCCCAACUCCUCAGCAUCUCGGCGGAGCCUAUGGUCACACCCUUUUUGCAAGCCCUGAAACAUCUGGUCGACUCACCGAGCCACGCAACUAUGCCCCCCGAACUUCGGGACAGCCUAUUGUCAACGCGCCUCCCCCCAAGUUUGGUCUUGAUCUGACACACAGUUCGCCUAGCAGCUCUGUUUAUGACCCAUUUACUUCGUCCCCAGCUAACAGGGCCAUUGUUCCUUACUUCACUGGCGGUGGCAUCCCAUCCAGCAUCUCGCAGGGAAGCGUGGUUCAAGGCCAAGCCCUUUCCAUCGAGGCUCAGAGAUCCAGUCAGCUCAACGAGCUCACUAACACUCCUUCUGGAUAUCCCUCCAUCAAUGUGGCCAUGGACCCGGCGAACUUUCCAUUCGUGGAUGGGCCACGACAGGGGAAGUCACAGAACUUUGGAGUGGUGAAGCUCAAGAACAUUCCGUUCGCUACCAAACGCUCCGAGAUUGUGGCAUUCCUCGGCCGCAACAGCAAGAUCCUCAACGAUUCUGAAGAGCCCAUUCACAUCAUUAUGGAGCGCGCCACGAGCAAGACGAUGGAUGCCUACGUUGAGUUUCACACCCUUGGUGACGCAAUGAAAGCUGCCGAGAGACACCACCAGAAUUCUUCUCACGGCCGAAUCAGCCGUCUGGGAGACCGACCCGUUGAUGUAGAGCUGUCCAGUCAGGCCAGUCUCAUGAAGGACUUGUUCCCCAUUGCUCGUGGCGUUUUCUGGAAUGGGCCACAGCCCACAUUCAAGCCCAAGAACAAGGCUGAGCCUUGGGAUAACUUCAAGGGCUUCAUCUCCACUGAAGAAAUGACGAUGCUUGUCAAGCAUGUUGAAGUUCCCCACCGUUCUCCUUUCUCCAAGGAGUGCCCUCAGCGCCCUUACGAAUGCCUCAUCAGCACUCUUCGAAAGUUUCCUUGGUACAUGACCGAUCACAUCACGAUCUACCAGCGCACGGCGAUUUUUGAUGCCACUUGUGAACUCGUUCGUCUUCUUCAUCGCGCGGUUGAGAAGGAAGAUGACAUUGUCAACCUGAGCUCGCAGUUAUUCAAGCGAGUCAUAGCAGCUGCCAUGUCCUGCAAGGGUUUCACCGUAGUCAUGAAGGAUGAUAUCGCUUGGAUGGGUGGUUUGAAGGAUGCCCAUACUCGUUUCUAUGGACAGCCCCGACUUGCCGAUUCUUGGACUCACCAGUAUGCUCUUGUCCCCAAGGCGGGUAUUCCACUUGAUGUCAUUGAGUGGUACAUUGCCGUCAUUCGUGAACAGACCCACCGCGACGUCUUCGCGCUUCCUUUGUCUGACAGAACUCUUCUCCAUGAACAGGCCGAGCAUACUGACAUGUACUGGGGCUACUUUUGGGACGAAGUUGGCUACGUUCAGGGCCCCGAGUUCGACAACAUGACUCUCGCCCAGUGCGCUCAUGCCGAACUCUCGGCUGUCGAGCGAAUUCUUUCCCGUGCUCUCCCACGCAACUAA